AUGAAAGCCGUAUUGCAGCGAGUGCUAUCAAGCUCUGUCACAGUCAAUGACCAAGUCGUUUCAGCAAUUGGAAAAGGAGUUCUCGUCCUCGCCGCAAUCGGACCCAAUGACGGGAAGAAAGAGGUCGAAUCAAUGGCUUCCAAGGUCUUGAAAAUGAAACUCUGGCCUGACGAAAGCGGCUCCAACUGGAAGAAGAGCGUGCAAGACGUCGAUGGCGAAGUCUUGUGUGUCUCGCAAUUCACCUUGUUCGCAUCCACGAAAAAGGGCAAUAAACCAGACUUUCACGGAGCAGCCAAGCCUGAAAUUGCGAAGGAGCUCUAUGAUUAUUUCCUCUCUCGUGUUCGUGACCAGUAUCGACCUGAGAGAGUUAAAGAUGGCGUUUUUCAGGCCAUGAUGCAAGUCAGCUUGGUCAAUGAUGGACCGGUGACGCUCGAGAUUGAUACAAGUCCUCCAAAGAAAGGAUCCGUGACCAGCACCGAGGAGAUCACUCCUGCAUCGACACCGGCACAAGAAUCCGCCGAUUAG